UUGUUUACAUACAUAUGUGAUUAAAAAGCUGCGACUGUGUCUUAUUUGAUUCGCUACUCUCCAAUGGCUUUGUCAAUUUUCAAGGACUUGCCAGCCGAGCACCCACGUCACUUAAUACCAGCACUAUGUGCGCAAUUCUACCAUCUUGGCUGGGUCACCGGCACUGGCGGCGGCAUGAGCAUUAAAUACAACAAUGAAAUUUAUAUCGCACCAUCGGGUGUACAGAAGGAGCGCAUGCAGCCAGAGGAUUUGUUCGUGCAGGACAUAGAUGGCAAGGACUUGCAAUUGCCGCCAGAGAUCAAGGGCCUAAAGAAGAGCCAAUGCACGCCUCUCUUUAUGCUGGCGUACAGGCAUCGUAAUGCCGCCGCCGUCAUUCACACACAUUCCCAGCACGCGGUCAUGGCUACGCUGCUCUGGCCAGGCAAGACGUUUCGUUGCACACAUUUGGAAAUGAUUAAGGGCGUCUACGAUGACGCUGAUAAGCGAUAUCUUCGUUAUGACGAACAGCUGGUCGUGCCCAUCAUCGAGAAUACUCCUCACGAACGAGACUUGGCCGACAGCAUGUAUGCUGCCAUGAUGGAAUAUCCCGGAUGUAGUGCCGUACUUGUGCGCCGUCACGGCGUCUACGUAUGGGGUCAGACUUGGGAAAAGGCCAAGACUAUGUCGGAGUGCUAUGACUAUCUAUUCUCCAUUGCUGUACAGAUGAAAACGGCCGGACUUGAUCCGGAGAAGUUUGAGAUCGCAUAGUAUACCUACUAAAAAGCUUUAAUCAAA